UUUCAUGAGAGUAAAAUGGAUGUAGAUUUGUUACGGCCCGGCACUGUGCCUAUAUCUCCAGACACAGUGUUGUGGUUUGAAUUUUUAUUAGAUCAGAACUUGUUGAAGACACACUUAAGUAAACCCAACCCAGAGCCAUCAGCGUGUGAAUUAAUUGAAGAGUUCUUAACAGUGGAUACAAAAAAUGCAAACUCAAAACCAACAAGUGAGAGAGUAGUGGAUGUGGAUGCUCCUCAAAGCCCUCCCUCCGUUACACCACCAACUCUCCAGUUUACCCGCAAACAACUGGCUUUGAAAAUUCUUGCAUUGAAAGUGGCAGCAACUCUUAACUGGAAUUUAGAUAUAUUUGAAACAAAACUACCUCCACAAACCCAACAACAACUAAUGCAAGAUCUGGUCUACAUGGCUACUGAUACUGCUUUUGCGGUACCACCUCAGGAGAUUUCCCCAGAGCUACUACAAAAACCUCAAGUUCAGUUUGCCCUAACUUUGUAUCAUAGAUGGGUAUUAAGAUUUCCAGUUAAAGCUACGCUACAUUCUAAAUCAUUGAAAAUGUCUUUUGUUCACAUGCCUGGUCUCCAAGGUGACAAUAGCUACAGUCCUAUGAACCAACACUUUGAAAAAAUAUUACGUAUGUGUGAGGCAUCACGAAUGCAGAGUAUUAAGUAUUUAGAUAGCAUAUUGUCCUUUUAUGACACAACACUGGGAAAAAGAGAAGCUAAAAAAAUCAAAGUUCCUGUCAUGGAAGCCUUUAUUCACCUCACUGAAGAUUCUAAUGAUAUGAACCAUAAUUGGAAUGCUGGUGAUAAUGUUAUAAGUCAAUAUGAAUUAGCUAUGCAGAUACAUUUCGAUCUAUGCUACAACUAUUUCUUUUAUGGUCAACAUGAUUUAGCAAAACAACAUAUUCUCGGUUGCAGAGAAAAUUCAAAUCUUUUAGAAAAAGAAAUAUAUAAUUUUGGCUAUGGACAAAAUAAAGCUAUGCCAUGGGGUGAAUUUUAUUAUGCAAGUAUGGCUAAAGAUGAUAUUUUAGGAUACAUAAGAGCUCUAAACUUGGGCUAUGAAGUUUUAAAUGAAGAACCAACACUCUUGCAGAAAUUGCAAGAAUCAAUAGCCAACCACUACACUGGAAUCAUAGCAAUUUUGCAGGCUGAUAAUCUAUCAAGAGAAAUACCAAUGGUUCACAGGGAGGUUGUUGAAUUGGAUAUUCAAGGUUCUGCAUCAAGUGGAGCCUUUACCGUUGCAAGAGAUCUCUUAAACAGAGUUGCAGCACUAAAUGCUGUAAGGUAUGCUUUGGAAGGGGGCAUACCUUCAACCCACCCGGACUUUUUAAAUAAAUUUAAAACUUUGGGACUUAAAUUUUUAGAUUUACUAUUUUGGGCACUAUCGCCAGUAUUAAUGUCAGAUUUGUCUGAAAGUGAUUGGAAAAAUCUACAAAUAUUCCUUCUUCAUCUGGCUAUGUCUCAAUGCAAAAUACCCAUUGAUAGAAUAGAUGAGUAUUUGAAAAAAUAUGUUGGGGAAGCCGCCGAGACAAUAAGAAGGAAACUAAUAUCGGAUGAACAUCUAAAUGAAAUAUUGAGUGAUCCUAAUAACAGCGAUGAUGAUAACAUUGAGAUUCCGCGUGAAUUACUUACCGACGAUUGGGAAACACCAGACUUUGAGUUUAAGAGUGUACCGGAAUUGGAGAUGGGUAGAUUAAAAAAGCGUCUCAUUGAAGCUUCAACGGCUGACGACGUUCGCAUGUGUUUAGUGAAAUUGGCUAUGAUGGCCCCAUCAUCUCCUCUAUGGAAAUUAAGCCCAUCUUGGAAACCUCCGGGUAGUUUAAGCAAUGCAUUAGUAGCAUUACCGCGGGGAUUUCUACAAGAUUUCGGUUAUGUUAUUUCCGGUGCGGCCAGAGCACGCGUUGAAGCGGGAUGUGCACGGACAGCCCUGUCGCUUCUCUCAGUGUUAGAGGGAGAAGCUAGGAGUCAAUUAGGUGGUGGCUCAGAUCCCACAUUGUAUCGACUUUGUCGUCAACUAGCAUGGGAAGUGCUAUUGCUUCAAGUUAAUGUUGUAUUAAGUGAAUGGCCGCAUCAUCGCAUAAAUUUGACAGUUCUGGCAAAUAAAUGCAAAGCUUGUAUAGCGGCAGCAACUUCAGGUGAUAACAUAAUACCGCGUCCUCAAGUGAUCGAAUCGUGCUGGAUUUGCUUGGUAAAUGCGUGCGAGUGGGAAGGCGCGAGUGUAGCCAAUGGACCCGGUGAAGCGGCCGCUGCAUUAUGUGCCGCUUGCUUCGAACUACAAAGGGGAAAAGCGACUCGAAAAUUCCCUAGAGCUCUAUGGGAUUAUGCUCUGGCAAUAUAUAGCAACGGCUCCAACGCUCCUGUUAAGCGUACGGCUGGUGGGAUGCCAUCCCACUCUCGGGACGCUCCAAACACAGCAGCUGAAGCAAGAAACGCUUUCAACGCAUUCUUGGCCACUCUCCGAGAGCCAUUAGCCGUCAGUGUUAUGAUGUCUCUGCUAGCGAGGAUACAUAACCUUCUCAUUGACGAUAGUUCACUUGAGCUGGUUGUAGAGUACACCAACCUCUGGCCAUCGAACAUCUCGAAUAUUAAUAAUUACAACAUUAAACAUGUUUUGGAAUCUCUAACCGAAUUACUGGAAAGAAGCCUGAAACUUUAUCCGUACAAUACGUCAUGGCUGCGGCUGUACGGCGACGUGGAGAUGGCGGGCGCGCGCUGGGCGGCGGCGCUGCGGCGCUACCUGUGCGCGCUGGCGGCCGCCACGUGGCACUUCGCCAAGCGCGCGCCCGACGAGGGCGGGCUGGCGCGGCGCGCGGCGCGCUGCUGCCAGGCGCUCGGCGCGCCCACGCAGGCCGCCGCGCUCUGCCAGCUGCCCGACGACCCCGACUACACCACGGCCUUCAAGUGCCUCGCCGAGAAGACCGGCAACGCUGCCGACGCGAUGGACGGAUACUACGGCUGUCUCUGGGACGGUACUCUCCUCGAGGUGGCGGUGGCGCUGCACGCGCGGCGCGGGGAGGGCGGGAGACGCGCGCGAGCGGUCAAGGCCGCCGGGGCGUUGGAACUUAACGCGAACAACAGUGAAGACAUACAGAGAGAAGCGGCGGCUAUACGACGCGCGAGGCUGCUUCGUGCACUCACCAACCAAUAUGUUGCUUGAAUGCGUAUCCGAGGCUUCGUGAUUAUUUAAUAUUCCUUUUGGAUCGGGAGGUCUUGAUGUGGUGGACGAUUGGAAUUAUUGUAAACGACGAAAUCUAUUAAAAAAUCAUAAGUAUUUGUAAUGUCACAGUAUUGAAAUAUUUACAAAGGAAAGACAUUAAAAAUACCUUCGACUCGAUGCAUUUUCCACAUCAAAUUAAGUAAUCGAUUUAAUUACUUUUCAAAUAGGCAAUAAGAUUUAAUUAAUAAAACAAAAAAUUGUGUAUGUCGUUAAAGCAAUAUCUUAAAUAUUUAAAUUGUAAAAAUAUUUUUUAGAACCAAUUUUGUUCUAUGA